CAGAAACUUGUAGUGGAGCAACUUCGAAAGAAUCUCAUAGUGAAACAGGAACUCCCAGACAAUAAACUUCUUUUCCAGCCUCUUCUCCAACUAGAAAGCAAACCGCCAACACCACAAGUGCAGCAACAAACACAUCAGAUACAAUUGCAACAGCUCCAACCCCAGCAGCUGUCCCAAGCAUCUGCAACACCUCUUCCAGGCCUGAGUGGUGUACAGAAGACUGUGGCCACAGCCUCUAUGAUCACGGCAAAGACUCUACCUCUUGUGUUGAAAGCUGCAGCAGCAUCUAUGCCCACUACAGUGAUGGGGCAACGGCCAACCAUCGCCAUGCUGACUGCCAUCAACAGCCAGAAAGCAGUUAUCGGCGCAGAUGCCCAAAGCACUGCAGUGAACCUGCAGACAACUAACAAAAUCGCCAAUCAGGGAACAGAGACUUUCCAGAUACUGGCAAAAAAUGCUGUUACUUUGCAGGUCCAGGCAACAACUUCUCAGCCUAUCAAAGUUCCCCAGUUCAUUCCUCCUCCCCGGCUAACUCCCCGUCCUACAUUUCUUCCACAAGUGCGGCCAAAGCCAGCAGCACAAAACAACAUUCCCAUUGCCCCUGCUCCUCCCCCCAUGCUUGCAGCUCCACAGCUCAUCCAACGGCCAGUCAUGCUAACCACAAAGCUAACCCCCACUUCCCAGAACUCCAUUCAUCCUGUGCGCAUUGUAAAUGGGCAACCCACAGCCAUUUCCAAAGCCUUCCCCACAGCACAGCUCACCAGUAUCGUCAUAGCAGCACCAGGCACGAGACUGGCAGCUCCGCAGACUCUGCAACUUCCAAAACUAAAUGUGGAGAAGCAGAUGACUAAAACUCAGGUGGAACCAGAGAAGCCAACUGAAAGCAGUACGACAGUGCCACCUGCCUCCAAGCCAAAACGAGAGGAGAAUCCACAGAAACUCGCCUUCAUGAUGGCACUAGGUUUGCUUACACAUGACCACUUAGAGGAAAUUCAAAGUAAAAGACAAGAAAGGAAAAGAAGAACAACCGCCAACCCAGUGUACAGUGGGGCAGUAUUUGAACCCGAGCGUAAGAAGAGUGCGGUGACGUACUUGAACAGCACGGUGCAUCCAGGGACGAGGAAGAGAGGUCGUCCUCCCAAAUACAACACGGCCCUGGGUUUGAGCGCCCUGCCACCCACCUCCCCUCCAUCCAGUCAUCCUGAUUCCCCUGAAAGCGAAAAGACCCAGAUCACAUGUAGUUUCCCUGCAAGCAUCCUGCCUGUGUCCUUGCCUAAUCCUAUUUCCACGGACGCUGAUAUCCAUGAGGAUUUUUGCAGCGUCUGCAGAAAGAGCGGACAGCUACUGAUGUGCGACACAUGUUCACGUGUAUACCACCUGGACUGUUUGGAGCCUCCUCUGAAAUCCAUUCCCAAGGGCAUGUGGAUAUGUCCCAAAUGCCAAGACCAGAUGCUCAAAAAAGAGGAAGCAAUUCCCUGGCCUGGAACGUUGGCUAUUGUUCACUCAUAUAUUGCAUAUAAAGCAGCAAAAGAAGAAGAGAAGCAAAAAUUACUCAAGUGGAGCUCAGAGCUGAAACAGGAGCGAGAGCAACUAGAGCAGAAAGUGAAACAACUCAGCAGCUCCAUAACGAAAUGCAUAGAAAUGAAGAACAGCAUCUUGUCCCGGCAAAAAGACAUGCACAGCUCUUUGGACAAAGUGAAACGUCUUAUCCGGCUCAUUCAGGAUAUCGACCUCACCAAACCUGUCAACUCAGAGGUGACCCCCAACCACAGCCAGGACUGCAGUGCUACUGCCAACAGCCCCCCUCCCGACCCCAAGCCAGCCACAGUCUCCUUCCCUUCACCAGUCCAGAACUGCACCCAGGCAGAAGAGACUAAGUGA